UAAUACAUUUACAAAACAGGAGUGAGCUCAUUUAUGGUUAGGUCCAGAGAUCAGAUGUCUGUGCAAGGGACCUACAAAUGUGAGGCUCAAGCAGUUUUGUUGUGCAAUUUAAGCAAAAUAAUAUACAAUAAUAUUUUAGAAUUAUUAUUAUUUUUAUUUUUUUUAGGUGAAAUGUGACCUCGACAUGUUUUAUAUGAGAUUUACCCAUACACUCUCAUGAGUUAAACAACAACAUUAUUCAACCUAUGUUUUUAUAGACUUUUAAAAGAGACCUUUAAAUGCUGCACCGACACUCAUCAGCUUAUUUGAACCGUUACUUUAUUUUUCAAUUAUCUUCUUUCAUCUCUAAUCUCUCCCUCUUAUAUGAAGUAGUGUGCUGCCAAGCAAGUUACCACCAACUUCCUACUUUUUCCUUGUGUUGACCUUUGUAUCUGUGUGAAGCAUGGAUAUGCAAUGUCACAGAGGAUGAGCCUGUCAGAAGUUGGAAUGUGUUUAAAAAUAAGACAGUUCCAGUGUAACAGAAGGCUAUCUCGUCUCAUUUCACAGUGGAUGCUCUACAUUAAUGAGGAGACCCUCCAGACAUCAUGAAUGAACUUCAAGGGAAGAGACGAAUAGUCCUGACAAGAGGUCCCCCUGAUGGAGGCUAUGGAUGGUUCAUUGUGCUUUCUACCUUCCUUGUCUUUGGGCUGACAUUUGGCAUUAUCAAGUCCUUCGGUGUGUUCUUUGUAGAAAUCCACCACUAUUUUGCUACCACAGCAACAGCAAGCUCAUGGAUCACAUCCAUCUGUGUGGCAACUGUACAUUUUGGAGCCCCUUUUGGCUCUGCACUGAGCACGUACUUUGGGCACCGGCCCGUGGUAAUAGCGGGGGGUCUACUGAGCAGCAUAGGGAUGGUGGCAGGGUCAUACGCCCAGGAUCUACUACAGCUGUAUAUCACUGUGGGGUUCCUUACAGGAUUUGGCUAUGCCCUUACCUGGACCCCUACUGUCACCAUGCUGGGCUGGUACUUUGAAAAGCGAAGGCCAGUAGCCAAUGCUCUGGCCAGCACAGGAGAAUGUAUCCUUACCUUCAUCCUGACCCCAUCCUUCCAGUUCAUGGUCGAUCAGUAUUCCUGGAGGGGAGCGAUGCUGAUCCUUGGAGCUCUGCAGCUCAAUCUGUGCUUGUGUGGAGCUCUAUUGAGGCCACUUGACAGACACAUUCCUUCUAAAGAACUUACGAUAGAGGAGAAAAAUCUAGAUUUGGAGAUGCUGUCUCAGGCACACAAAAACAGGCCAGUCUCAGAACAAAACUCUGAAAACCAAAAUAAUACGGUGAAAACCAAAAUAAUACGUUACAUGGACUACACGCUUAUCGGUAACAUUCACUUCAUGGUCUACUCAAUGUUUGGUGUCUUCGCAGCUCUUGGCUUCUUCGCACCAUCACUGUUUCUGGUACCUUAUGCCCACAGUCAGGGAGUUGAGGAGUACCAGGCGGCAGCUCUCAUGUCCAUUUCUGCGGUACUGGACCUGUCCGGCCGGGUGGUCUUCGGGUUGGUGGCUAACCUGAGGCUGGUGGAAACGAUCCAUCAGUUGAUUGUCACAGUGAUCUUGCUGGGCAUUGUUCUCCUGCUCUGCCCGCUAGCAACCACCUUCACCCAGCUGGCAUUGUUCAGUGCUGGUUAUGGACUGGUUUUCGGAGCAACCGUGGCCAUUCACAUCACAGUGCUCGCAGAAGUGGUGGGAGUAGAGAGGCUGGGCAGUGCUCUGGGUUUCUUCAUGCUCAUCCGCAGCAUUGGUGGACUUCUUGGACCACCUUUGGCAGGAUUCUUCAUUGACAAAAUGAAUGACUAUGGUGCUGGCUUCAUAAUGGCGGGUGUGGCUCUCAUAGUCUCCACCAUCUUUCUGCUUUUGUUGCACCAUAUGAACAAGAAAGGAAAGCAAACGGGAAAAGACACCCCUUUGGAAAACAGAAAAGAAGUCAAAGAUAUGAAAAACUGAAAUUCCGAAUUCGGAAAAAGUUAAAAGCGAGACUAUUUAUAGGCACCAUAUGUUUGGGGUCACACUUGAGUAGCUACUACAUUUAUUUUGCAAUGUCACUUUAAAGUGGGUUUGUUCAAACACAUUUACCCACUAUACCCAGACUUCUCUGCUGAGGACAAAUAUAAUUCAUGCAAGUCCCACCGAAUAUGCAGUCAUGUAAAUGAGAUUAUAGUUAGAGAUGACUAUCAUAUACAACAGGUGUAAAUUGACAGCAGGGCCUUUAAUGCUGUUGACAUGCAUUAUCUGCUUACCCUGAAAACGCUCUCUCUACAUGACAUUGAGAGAAUACAGUACAUCAUUCUCACAUAAAUGAAGCCUUUGAUAGAUUCUGGGAAGUCUUCUCGGCUUGAUCCUAUAAUGAUGCCAUUGCAAUGCAAUCAUAUUUCAUCAGAUCUAUUGCUCCAGUAAGUCUGAAAAAUGGGUUCUGCCUUAAUGGACUAAUGGAUGCUGACUCAGGGUUUAGCUACUGACAAUAUAUGCAGUCAAGCACACUAUCUACUGAAAUUAUUUGCCUAUAGCAAAAAAAUGAAGCUAUGUGCACUCAAAAGUAUUUUGGUUUGUUUGUAUAAAAUUACACAAAUUAAAAUUUGUAUUUGAAAUAUGGAUUUUGUGCAGGUCUUGAGAUCCAAGCUGUUCUUGUUUCAGAAAACAUUCUCAAUGAUCCCCCUCUACUGGUGAUAAAAUGGAAAUGCAGGAUGGAGAAUAAACUAUACUGCACAACUGUCAUAAGUGAUUUUGUAGAUAAAAAGCAUGCAACAGGAAACCAAAAUAUAGCCUACAUCAAAAUCUACUGGAUUUAUUUAGCAAAAAGUAAUUACAAAACCUUAAAGCUGAAGUUUGAAUGUUAAAGUAAUUUUUCCCAACCCAGCUAAAAGGAAUAUUCUGGGUUUGAUACAAGUUAAAGGUGUACUCUUUUGUCUCUGUGUAUCUUGGAUUUACACUGACACCUUGCGGCUUGGAUGUAGCAUAAUUUAAAAUCAAUAGUUUUCAGUUUCAGUUGCUAUUGUAGAAAUGUAUUAUUCACAGUCAGCCAUGAUUACUUUAUUUAAUGAGUGAAAGUGUCAAACAACAGGACGGUUACUAAGAUUAAGCAAAUAGUAUUCAGCUGGUCAUGUGAUUCUAACAUGGCAGCCCACAUGUGCGGAUUCUCUCCAUGUAGAAUAAAACAGCUUUUAUAAGAUUUCUGAUAUGACUGGAGUGAUCGUGAUUUCCUGCAUAUAUUGCUAAAUUACAAUUCAAGUCUUCAGGAGUUAAACUUAAUGAGAGAAAACAAAUUGAGUGCACAUGUUAGCUCAGUUGUGGCAUGAUGUUGAUUACCACAAAAAAAUAUUUUCAACCCAUCCCUCCUUUUCUUUAAAUAUAAAAGCAAUAAUUGAGGUUAAAGUGAGGCACUUGCAAUGGAAGUGAAUGGGGACAAUGUUUGAAGGUUUCAAAGGCAGAAAUGUGAAGCUCAUAAUUUUAUAAAAUAAUUUACAUAUUUUUUGUGGUAAUCAACAUUAUGUCACAAACGCUGUUGAUUGAUCUUAACUUGUAUUAAACCUGGAAUAUUCCUUUAAUAUGCACGCAAAUGUGUAGGUUGAUUUUCCUGAAAAUGUGUAAACGCUUUGCUGUUAUCAAAACAUUUCACUGUUUGCUUGAGCAUUCCAACCAGUCCAACAAAGCAAUAUUGGCUCAGCCAAUAUCGUAAGUUUGGGGCGGGACUUUCUGUUUUUUGACCAAUUGAAGACGGGCAAUGUAUUCAGGAACCUUUCAUUAUUUUUGUAAUUCUGUUUGGUGACGCUAGUGGCACAGAAAUUACACCCUUCUGCUUUAACCUUUGAUUGUCAACUAUGAAUCAAAGGAGCAAAUGUUUUUCUUUAAAUGUUGAAGGCAUAGAGACUACCACAUGACAGAAAACCACAUGGGUAGAUAGUGCUACUUAGACAUGACCAGAUCUUUCCUGUUAAUACUGUAGCUUUUCAAAGCUAAAUAAUUUAUACAGGAUAUCAAAGCAUUGUUCUGAUGCACUCUACAAGAAAUAUCUGUUCCUGGUAUCUGCACUUUGAUGUGUUUUAUUCAUGUUGCUCUGUGUAUAUCUUUCAAAGAACAAUGACUUUCCUCAUUUGAAAUAACAG